CUAAUAAGCAACUGUUGAAACCAUAUCACUUAGUCUGCAGGGAACUCCAACUCAUUUGCUUUUAUAUCUUUUUGAUUCAAUUGGCUUCCCACAAAGGCCAAAUCCAUCUAUGUAUGUGUAUAUAAGGAAAUAGAUCAUUUCAUUGCACAAUUAUCUCCACUCUGCAUCUCUCAAAGUUGCAAUUUGCAAGUCCCACUAAGUCUACUCAACUUCAGUACUCACCUUGCUGAUAAGCACCACUCCAUGGCUUCUACAGACAUUGAGUACAAAUCAUCUUCAACUCCACCCCCUCCGGCUGGAGUGGAUUAUUUUAAAGUUGAUGUAAUCCUCAGAUUUCUGUUAUUGGCGGCAUCAGUGGUGGCACUUGGAGUGAUUGUCUCCAGUGAUCAAACUGAGGUAGUGUUCUUCCAAGGUACCCUUGUACCUCAGCCAGCCAAGUUCAAACACACACCAGCUUUUGUAUAUUUUGUGGCUGCAUUCAGUGUCUCUGGCCUCUAUGCCCUUGUUUCUGCUCUAGCCUCUAUCGCUGUCAUCCAGAAGCCAGAAUUCAAACUGAAGUUCCUCCUCAACUUUAUCUUCUGGGAUACACUAGUACUGGGGAUAAUAGCCUCAGCAACAGGAGCAGCAGGAAGUGUAGCAUAUAUUGGUUUAAAGGGAAACAGUAAUUUGGGUUGGAUAAAAGUUUGCAAUGUCUACGACAAGUUCUGUAGGCAUCUUGCUGGCUCCAUAGCUGUGGCUUUGUUUGGCAGCAUUGUCACUGUUCUGCUCAUCUGGCUUUCAGCUUUCACCAUUCACAGUCGAGUUCCCAAGUAGAUGGAAGGAAUACGAACCAUUCAGCAUAUACAUAUGCAUUCAAGAGCCGCAUUGUUCACUAAAUCAGUGUGUGGAGUUAAUAUUCAUAGCUUGGUGUGAAUACCCUUUUCGUCUUUGUGAGUUUCUUCUAAGGUGUUGACCAUAUGUGAAAAUGGAUGAUAGGAACACAUUCUUUUCACAUAUUCUUUGUCAUUGAAGGAAAUUCAUGUGAGUCUUGCUAAAUGAUGCAGUUAGACUCCAUAUUCAGCAAGUUCAUAUGAAUUCCAUCUAGUAAUAAUGAACAUAUUGAAAAGUUGUGUCAAGUAAUGUGCAUCUAGCAUUUCUCCCGUUUGUGAAGUGUAAACGAUGUCUCCAUGGACCCAGUUGUAUUUUUCAUUCUAUUUGUGCUGAAAAGAAUUAUCCGAUUAUCUUUCUCCCUCAAAAGCAAAAAAUGUUUAUCACUAAUCAAUCAAGCACAAGUGAUAUGGUUAAUGCUUCUAAAUUUAAUUGUGCAAAUCCUACUC